AUGAGAGGUCCAUGUCAGACCUCGGACACGGCAGCCGGCAGGUCGGUGCCACAAGCCUGGGAUGUCCCGGUGAGCGUUCCACGGAUGUUCCAGGAUGGAGAGCUGAAGAUGGUGAUGCCUCUCACCUCCUCUGUGCAGGCGUGUUCCACGUGUAACGGACUCGGGAGGAAGAUGUGUCUGAAGUGCCACGGGACCGGGAGAGCGCAGUGCAUGUGGUGCAAUGGGAGGGGGCGCCGCAUGCAGAUGGAGGUGUGUCAGCAUUGCUAUGGGAACGGCACAGAAAGCUGCCGAAUGUGCCAGAACUCCAACCAGCAGUGUGACGGCUGCUCCGGAAAGGGGCGGGUCCUGACCUACAUGCUCCUCACAGUCACAUGGAAGAAUCACGUCUUUGAGUUGAUUUCGGAUCAUCAGUCGGAAUUUUCUUCGGAUCUCUUUCAGAAUGUGAAGGGAGAGAAGCUGGUGAUGGAGGAGGAGUCCAAGGUUUCGGGAAUUACGGAUUUUCCGGACACGAAUAUUAUUGAAACCUCCCAGAAUGCUUUGGAGCGGCACCGUUCUCGGUUCUCGUCGUGCCGCGUCCUCAGACAGAGGCAGAGUGUGGAGCGCCUCCCGCUGACCAGAGUGCAGUACUGCUGGAAGGAGAAGCAACUCAGCUACUUUGUGUACGGAACAGAGAGCAAAGUCUUCGUCCAGAACUACCCCAAAAAGUGCUGCUGUCUUGUCCUCUGACCACACCGGGCAUUGUGACCACACCGGGCUUUGUGACCACACCGGGCAUUGUGACCACACCGGGCAUUGUGACCACACCGGGCAUUGUGACCACACGGGGGCAUUGUGACCACACCGGGGGCAUUGUGACCACACCGGGGGCAUUGUGACCACACCGGGCAUUGUGACCACACCGGGCAUUGUGACCACACGGGGGCAUUGUGACCACACCGGGCAUUGUGACCACACCGGGCAUUGUGACCACACCGGGCUUUGUGACCACACCGGGCAUUGAAUGGCUCUGCACCUUUGGAUGGGAUUCGGGGGUCUCUCUGACGGUCGGCGUUUCUUUUUCUUGUUUUCCAUAUAAAUGUGAAAAUUGCGUUUUGGUUAUUAAAGAGCAAAAUAAGUAAA